CCAUGGGUGAUAAACGGGAAGUUUUUCUACAUACAGGAGCGAUAAGAAAUUCGGAGAGCUCGAGAAGUAUUUAGUUUCUCAAGAUGGCGACUAGCACGAGGCAGCUCAUUUCCAAGAUCUGUAGUCGUUGGCAAUUAAAUUUCUCAAGACAAUUUUCCUUCUCGGCGAAUUCAAGCAAGAAACCGUCGUUCCUAUGGGAGGACCCUUUCAAUUUGGAGUCGCAAUUGACUCAAGAUGAAAUUAUAUCGAGGGAUCAAUUUCGCGCAUACUGCCAAGAGAAACUCCUGCCCCGUGUGACCGAGGCAAACCGUAAAGAGAUUUUCGACAAAACCAUCAUGCGGGAAAUGGGACAACUUGGCCUUUUAGGCUGCACCAUAAAGGGUUACGGGGCAGCGGGGGUUUCCUCGGUAGCUUACGGCCUACUGGCAAGGGAAGUCGAAGCCGUGGAUAGUGGUUACAGAUCCGCGUUUUCCGUACAAUCGUCAUUGGUGGCUGGAGCCAUAGAUAUGUAUGGAAAUGAAAAGCAGAAGCAGCAAUAUUUACCCAGGCUCGUUUCGGGGGACCUGAUCGGCUGUUUCGGAUUGACCGAGCCCAAUCACGGAAGCGACCCAGGAUCCAUGGAGACGCGCGCUAAAUUCGACUCGUCUCGGAAAUUGUAUAAAUUGAGCGGCAGUAAAACAUGGAUUACAAAUUCCCCCAUCGCGGAUGUCUUAAUUGUGUGGGCAAAAUGCGACGAUGGAGAGAUCCGUGGAUUCAUCGUGGAAAGACAGGGAAACGAGGAACGACUGUCCACUCCGAAGAUCGAGGGAAAAUUUUCCCUGAGGACCUCCGCCACGGGAAUGAUUUUAAUGGACGACGCGGAGGUACCGCAGGAAAACGUGUUGUCGGGGGUAAAAGGUCUUAAGGGGCCUUUCGGAUGUUUAAACAACGCGCGGUACGGUAUCGCAUGGGGAGCAUUGGGAGCUGCGGAAACGUGCUUAAAACUGGCUCGAAAUUACGUCCUGGAAAGGAAACAGUUCAACAGACCCCUGGCUGCCAAUCAGCUAAUUCAGAAAAAAAUGGCAGACAUGAUUACGGAAAUCGCCAUUGGACUUCAGGCUUGCUUGCAAGUCGGGCGACUCAAGGAUGAGAAGAGAGCUACCCCAGAAAUGAUUUCUCUGAUAAAAAGAAACUCCGCUGGGAAAGCUUUAGAUAUCGCGAGAGCUGCCAGGGACAUGUUGGGCGGGAACGGCAUCUCCGACGAAUAUCACGUCAUCAGACAUGUCAUGAACCUCGAGUCCGUUAACACUUACGAAGGGACGCACGAUAUUCACGCCCUGAUCCUAGGAAGGGCGAUCACCGGUAUUCCCGCUUUUGCUAACUGAUGGGAACGAUUCAGUUGUUGGGCAAAAGAAAAAUCAACGGCACGUAACUACCGUUAGUUAUUGUCCGUAUGCCGAAUUGCACCCACAGGGCCUUACUCGGCACCUACCUGUACCGAGGACGACCUCGAUUUUAUUUUUUAACGAGGCAUUAAAAAUUUCGCUUGAAUUUGAAAAUAAGGGCUUCAACACAAAGCUACUCGAUUAAUCCGUAAAUAAAUUAAGUUUAAUUGCUAAGUAAUAAAACGUUAAUUACACGUCAAUAAUUAAUUAAGUACAACCACACUGCUGGUGCAAAAGUGUAAAGAAGAGUUAGUGCUACACUCAAUUACUUUUCUCUUUACGACUUAAACUCAUGUUUAAUGAUCCUCGGCUACAGUAAGCUCUUCGUAAAACGUAGUAACAUCGUAGUUUACAGUAGUUUACAAUCCUUCGCGUCUCGCGAUACUCCUCGAUGUGUCUAUUACAUAGUUGCACAUCAUGUUGGAAUCGAAUUCAAACUCGUUCCAGAUACACGCGCCGUCGGCUUGAAACUCGGAACAAAAAUAGUCCUUCCUUCGAAACGUCCGAACUCUGAACAUUCCCAGCCAUUCGAGGGCAUCUUGAAUCGCGAUAACAAAAUGUUGCGUUUCGUUUCGGUGGCACGCAUUAGGCGAAACGAUUCCGUGCGCUAUUCUAAACGGUAAAUUGCCUAUCGGUGCUCGAAGCCCCUCGCGCUAAUCCGCGGAGCGAAGGAGGGCGGCCAUGUUGGCUAAACCACAAAAGUUGGUUUUGCGGGCGCAAAACUCCAAGUUUCAAUUCCUGCGACUAGUCUCUUCCGCGGACGAGAUCCCCGAGUACACGACGCACGAUUUCCAACAUCCCGCGGUACAUCGGAAUACGCGUAUAUAUACGUAUACAUGUACAUUCGUGCGGCGCCUCGAUAAUCCGAUCCCACGGUUCGACCCGUCACCAAGCGUUCGCGGUUCCUCGAGAUCCGAUCGGCCGCGGUAUUUGCGACAAUUAUCUCGAAACGGAUUCGAACGGAACCAAAAGAAUAGCAGCUUCGAUCCCGGCGCAAACUCGAGAAGAAUGUCGUUCGAGCGAGAGCCCGCGGUCGACGUGGCGCUUAUCGAGGCCCAGAGACGCCUCCACGCUUCGCUGGUCGCGCGAGACGCGAGUUCACUCGCGGUAUAUGUACAAAUUCGAUUCCAGCAUUUACACCGUGUUACGUGCAGGGAAAUGAUAACUUUCAGCGAUGACAGGAGGAAUUACGGUACCUACCAAUAAUAGUGACAAUAAUAACCGCAAUAAUAACUAAUGAAUAAUAAUACCGUACCGCGAUGUCGAGUACGCGCCCGCGGGUCCUCGCGGUGCCGAUGCUCGAUAUCGGCGGUGUAAUAUUAAUAUCGACAUCGGUACGGAGCUUCCCCGAUUCGACCGUCCCGCACCGCGGCACCGUCGCUUCCGAGAGUUCCUCCUCCCCACCCGCCCCGGUGCGGUCCGGUCGAGUCGCCGGCAAUCGCAAAGAAAUGGAUAUUUCCCGAUCCGACGAGGAGUCUCUCGUCUACCCAACGAUCGCUGAUGCCUUUCAACCGAGAUCUCGCUUCUCUCCGCACGAACGCGCGAUGGGACUCGUUGGAUAACAAUCAUAAUAAUUAAUAUAAUAAUAUACUCGGUUUGCACUUGUAUUUUACAUUACCCCUCUCGUUAACUAAUCGAUACCUUAUUGUCGUGCUAACUGUGUUCUCGUAUCCUCUUUCGCUCUAGCAUUCUCUCUUUCUCUCUCGCUUGUACCCUCUGGCGUAUGUUUUAGGGAAUAUCUCUCUUGUCUUCCCCCUUUCUACGCGAAAAGUCCUCCCUGACGGAGCGGUCCUGCGCGAUACCGUGAUAAACUCGUCGACGGUCGACGAUCGGGAGGAUCUUUCGACGAUUCCUCGCGCGCCCCGUGUAAGCCCUCGUUGCCGCUCAACGCGGCAGCUCGACUUUGCAUUUGGAUAUGAUAUAAGGAGGUUUUCCGUUUCGGGGCGGAGAUGGCUGGCGAAAAGUUGCGCGGGGGUCGCACCGCUCGACCUCGACCUCGACGAAUUCGGUCGCGACUCGAAACGCGGUCCUGACCGUCAAAGAUGUCAAACAAAGAUGGAAACGAAUCAAAUGUUUCCUUCCUAACUCCCGAUCGAGAUCGCUAUCACUGAGAAAAUCGCAAACGGAAUCCACGAAGUGAUUCAACGUCUCGUUUAUAAAAGGACGCGGGUUGACGUUUCUUUGAUCCCUGACUCGAAACAUGGUGGAACGAUGUCGAACUUCCGUCGCGCGAGGCCCGCUUCUUGUGCGUACAAAUGUGCAAUAAAUAGAAGAAAGCGUGAUAUAACUUAUAUUUCAGCGAAAUAAAUUCAAUUCGGGAAUUCGCGUUGGUUUUGCGGGUCCGUAGAAAUUCGGGAGGCUUCAAAAGUUAGGGAGAGAGAAAGAGCGCCGAAAACAGACCGUCGCGUAGUUUUGCAGCUCGAACCGCUACAAAGUUUGCGAUUUCCCUUUCCCCCGUAUCCUUGUCCGCGUAAAAUCUUCUCUUUCUCGCUUGCGCAAAGUCAUUUAGCCCUCGAGCACAGGAUAUGUUUUUUUUAUUUUUUUUUUUAUUAGAACCGAGAGUGAUCUCUGACACAAAAUCGAGUCGAUCGCGACGCCGGAGUUCGUCUCGAAUCAAGGAGGUGGUACUUUUGAAAGCGCAAUUCCACGCGUUUAUGCAUCGUCAAAUUAAGUACUAGAUUCGAACGUCGGGCCGUAAAAACGUUAAUUAAACAACCAUUCUCGUUUGCGACUCGUAUAGAAUUAUCGUUACCGACGUAUCAACCCGGAAGACGCGUCCAAGAUCUGCCGUGUUGAGCCCGCGCGUAAUCCCCGCCCCUCGAUUAUUCCUCACGCGUCCCUCCGAACGGCAAUAAAUAACGAGUCUCUCAAACAUUUACACCGUUGCACUGUAAAAACACACGUAUACUCGUCACUAACGUGGCCGCCGCCGCCGCCGAGGGACGCCAAAAUGGCGGUCGUAGGUCGCGACGCGCCUUCUCCAACGUCCCGCGACCGUAUACCAGCGAUUUACCUCAUCUAGUUUACCUGCCUACGCCGUUACC